CUCCUCCCAGGGGGCUGGGGGCGAUGGAGCCGGGAUGGGUAGUAGACGAGGAGAGCGGCUCGGCCACCUUUCCUGUCCUUCAUGCCGGUAUGAACCCGCGACUGCGGCAUUGGCGAGAGGCGGCUACGCUGCUGCUGGCGGCCGGGAGCGGGGCUCCGGCCCGGCCGGUGCGGUCCCCGCUAGGCCCCUUUGACUACGAGAUGCUGCUGCUCCAGCGGAGCCCUCGGAGCGGCUUCCUGCCCAGCGCCCACGUCUUCCCGGGCGGCCUGCUGGAGGCAGCCGACUUCUCCGCUGACUGGCUGGGGCUGCUGCCCGCUUUACCCCGCUGCGGGCUGGGCCCCGUGCGGCCGUCGUCGCCGGGCGGUAACCGAGCUCCGGUCUUCGCCACCGACCGGGCUGGCCUUGGCUCGCCGCUGCCGGGGGACGUGGCCUUCCGCAUCUGCGCCAUCCGGGAGACCUUCGAAGAGGCGGGUAUCCUGCUGCUGGUGUCGGGUCCGGGCCCCGGCCCCGCCUCUGAUCCCGGCCCGGCCCGCUUGCUGCCUCAGCACCACCUGCCGCCGGGCCCGGAGCUCGCCGAGUGGCGGCGACGGGUGCAGCAGGACCCGGCCUGCUUCCUGCAGCUCUGCCGCUACCUGCGCUGCGUCCCCAACAUUUGGGCGCUGCAUGAGUGGGGCAACUGGCUGACUCCGGUGCCCAGGGCUGGCCGGGGCGACCGGCGCUACGACACCGCCUUCUACCUGUGCUGCCUUGAGGAGCGGCCUCCGCACACGUCGCAGGACGAUCAGGAGGUGACAGGUUUCCAGUGGUCAACCCCUCCAGAAGCUAUUGAACUCUUUAAGUCUCAAGAAAUAUGGUUUGCUCCACCUCAGUUCUAUGAAUUAUGUAGGCUGUGCAACUUUUCUUCACUUCGUGACCUGCAUAGGUUUGGUUCUGACCGUGCUUUAGAAGGGUGUGAACGUUGGAUGCCCGUUACUUUGGCAGCUUCGGAUGGCUACAUUCAGCUAUUACCAGGAGAUGAGCUGUAUCCGAAAGAUCCAGAUUAUACAGGAGAAAAGAAACUUUUUUUGUCAACAGAUAAGAAGGUUGAAGAGCUAAUGAAAGAAGACAGUAAGCUUCACCGAGUUGUAAUACACAACCUUAACAAUCUUACUGUCCAUGUUAAUAUCCAACCAAAAUAUAAACACGUCAAUCCAUUAAAGAUGGACUCUAAUAUAGUGGGAAGUAAUGCAGAUUGCAAUAGCAGACUAUAAUAUGCCAUCUCUUUUAAAUUCAGUAUGUAUCAAAUUUUAUAUAUUUUUAUUUUAGUGCAGUUAGUCCUUUGUGACAGUUGCUAAGUGGUUAGCCCUGGAGGCUGAAGUCUUCAUUUGCCAAAGAACAGGUCAGGUACAUCAUGGGCAUCAACAGUACAAGCUUCUUUAUGUUGCCAUGCCAGUGUAUCUCAAACAAGAUCAGGAGAGGCUACUUUGGGUAAGAGGAGGGUUCAGACUUCAUAUAUAUUUAAUGCUUUGACACUGAACAUAUGUGCCAGUUGUGAUGUGGACACAUGCUCACUGAGAACUUGAUGUAAACUACCAACUUAAUUCAUGUUGUUCACCAAAGAGCCAUUAUAUGGUAAUGAUAUUUGGCCAUUGACAAUUUAUGUAAUAAAAGUGGACUAGUCUGUAA